AUGGCUGAACGAGCUCUGGAUAAAGUUCUAGGUUUAUCACUCGAUCAUUACUAUCACAAAGCACAUUUAUCAGUUGUUAAAAGUCUUCAGUCUCUGGUAAAUAAACUUCUCGAUGUCAAAUCCAGGCAGCAAGAAGAUAAAAUAUUAUGUGCAGAGAUCGAAUUGCUAAAGGAACGAAUGCAAUCACCAAAUAUUUCUUCAGGCGAAAUGAAAGAUUUCCUGGUCGAAAUCAUCUUUAUGACAACACAUCAUUACAAUGUCUCCUUUGCUGAUAUUCAUGCCAUCAAAUUUACGCAACAGAAUUCCAUGAAAGAAAAACGAAUCGGCUACUUGGCUGCAUCAUGUCUUUUAAGUGAAGAUCAUAAUCUACUGGUUCUAUUGAUUAAUACGCUGCAAAAGGACUUGAAUAGUACUAAUUUUGUUGAGAACUGUAUGGCGUUAUCGACCGUUGCUAUGCUAAUUAAUAUUGAAACAAUGCCUGCCGUAAUUCAAAUUGUCGAAAAGAAAAUUAAUCAUACGAGAGAAGCUGUAAGGAAAAGAGCUGUUAUUGCCUUACUUAAAUUUCAUCAUUUAUCUGCGGAAUCCGCUAAUCUUGCGAGUAAACUUCAAGAAAUAUUAUUCGACUCUGAUUUUAGCGUUCUUACGGCGGUCAUAACCGCUUACCUGUGCCUAGCCAAGGAAGAUCCCGCACCUUUAAAACCCUUAAUUGACAGAUUUGUAAGCAUCCAGCGUCAGCUUUUAGCUCAUAAGCCACCGUCCGAUCUAAAUUAUCGUGGAAUAUCUAUGCCAUGGUUGCAGAUAAAACUCUUACGGCUAUUAGCGUAUUUAGGAAUGGACGAUUUUAAUUGCAGUCAAAAAAUAUAUCCCGUUAUUAUAGACACCUUAGCAUCGAUAGCAAAUCCAAAUUGUUUAAUUGAAUAUUGGAUUAAAGGUUUAUCAUCGAUUGUUCAAGUUAACCCAUUGUUUGCCGUCGAGCAUCAGAUGACAGUAGUGGAUUGUUUAGACGAUCCUGAUGAAACAUUACGUCGAAAGACUUUGGAUCUGCUAUGCCGAAUGAUUAACCCCAAAAACAUCGUAUUUAUUACCGAAAAAUUGAUUAAGUAUCUGCAAUCUAGCGAAGACAACUAUUUUAAGUCUGAUUUGGUUUCCAGAAUCUGUCAGCUUGCUGAAAAAUUUGCUCCUGAUAGCUUCUGGUAUAUCAAAACAAUGAAUAGUAUAUUUGAACUAGGAAAAGACUGUGUACCUGUUACUAUGGUCGAUAAUCUCCUUCGUUUAAUUGCAGAAGGGACAGAAGAUGAGCAAUCUGAUAUGGAACUACGUAUGUACGCUGUUCAUGAGUAUUUUAAGUUAUUAAAGCGUCCAAAACUUUCAACUCUCUUAAUACGCGCAAUUUCCUGGGUUUUAGGAGAGUACGCGUACUUGGUCGAUUCUAUACAAAUGAUGAAUCUUGCUGAUAAUAUGUGUAUCUUAGCUGAGAACGUCUUAAAGCAGUAUCCUGGUUGCUCUUGCCUUUUAAUAACAGCUAUUAUGAAAUUGAUUAGUCGAACAAAUGAUGUCUCAGAUUAUACUCACAACUUUUUAGAAGAACAUAGUAAUUCCGUAAAUCUGGAUGUACAGCAAAGAUGCCAGGAAGCACUACAAUUAUUGAUUACUUUAGAUAUCAACGAUAGAAGUGAAAUUCUACCAGUGAAUGCAAGUUGCGAGGAUAUUGAGGUUGAUCCUUCGCUUGGUUUUCUAGACACUUUUGUAAGUAAUGCUUUAGCAUAUGGAAGUUUACCAUAUCGAACAUUGAAUCAGAGAAAGGCGAUACCAGAUGUUAAAGUCAGAUCAAGUUUAAAAUUCGACCCAUAUGUAAAUACUAGCGCUAGUUCAAAAGAGACACCGGUAGAGGAUGACGGAGGAAGAGUAAUAGCAUCUCAUGAUUACUCUAAGCCGGAAGGAACAGAGUUUAAUCGAAAAGAAUUUAAUCCUCAAGAUGUAAAUGCUAAAAAAGUAGAAGGCCAACGUCCAUGGACAAAAGAGGGAUAUAUGAUACAGGCUCCUUUAGGUGGUCAAGACAUCGAAAAGAAAGCUAAAGAAGAAAAUCUUUCCAAUAUCGAAGAACCACCUAGCCAAACGAUUUUGCAGAAUAAACCCAAUUAUGAAUUAGAAGAGAAAAAACGCAUCGCAUCAGCUCUGUUUGUUGGAUUUGAUUCAGACGACAUAAAGUCUUUAGCACCGGCGGCUAAGGAUGAAAGAAAUAGAGUGAACGAUCAAAGUUCUACCACAGCGAGUGAAGUCACGUUAUCUGCAGGCAUUAACUCUGCGGAACCAUACGAAUCUCCCAAACCAGCAAGCGACUUAUUGAUUGGCGAUAAUUCUACUGAAUCUAAUCUAAUAAACUUAUCUAUAGAAAAUAUAAAGAUCACCGAAGAGCAAUUAAAUACUAACGAAAACAGUAGAUAUUUGGAAAAAUUAAUUGAUGUCGAAAAGAAUCAACUUCUCGAUCUUGAAAAUAAUCCGAGUCCAAUGAGUGCGAAUCCUGUUGCUGAUCGAUCAAUACAGAAUCCUCUAGACGAUUUAACUGAUUCCACCAUUUCUAUUGAACGCGAACUGUUUCCUGCGGAAUUACUAUCAUUUCCUCACGGCAAUCUUGAUGUCUUGUCAACACCCUCUUUUGGUAAGUUAAGAAUUGCUCUCAUGAAAGUUUGGAAAGAAGACGCGUUUAUAAUUGUUUUAGCCAUAGCGAAUCAGGCCGAUAAGCAAUACAAUAAAAUCAGUACAGUCCUUAAACCGUCAUCUGGUAUUCAGUGUGCCGUUAAUGAGAAAAAAAUGGAAAACCCCAAUUUUAUAGACAACUUAGAUAUCGGCGAAUCCGUAUGUAUUUCUGCUAGAUUAAUGUUUGACAUAUACGGUUUAGGAUAA